CAACAAUGGCGUCCUCCAUAGUCGGCAGAUUCAAUACAACAAUACUAAGUAAAUUUGAGAACAGUUUAGGUUUGAAGUAUGCUUUAUCGUGCAUAAACAUGAAAAGACAAACUGAAUAUAACUUUCAUAAGCCUAAACAAGCAGAUUGCAUAAAUUUAUUAAAGGAAAGUGACAUAAUUGCGUGUCUUCGCACUGGAUAUGGAAAAUCCUUAAUUUUUGAAACUUUGUCAUAUCAAAAUUACAAGCAGAUACCGACAGUUUUGAUAGUAAGUCCAUUAAAUUCAAUCAUAACUGAACAAUUACAAAGGUAUGGGAAAGACGCUGUUUGUAUAACAAUGGGAUUUAUAGAGAAAUUGAAGGAGAACCAAUGUGAUCUUGGUAUAAACAGUGAAGAACAUUGUGUGUGUGAUGUCUGCAGAUUUAGACAGUCAAAUUAUCGCUUUGUAAUAGGACAUCCUGAGCACAUACUUAACAAGACAGUAUUUGACAUUUUCAAGAACUCUUGUUGGCAAGAGAAGGUGACUUACAUCAUAGUAGAUGAAGCACAUUGUAUUGAAAAAUGGGGAAAUGAUUUCAGAACAGACUACAAAAAGAUUUCACAGCUCAGAUCAGUCUUUCCUCUUUCCCGAGUAUUAGCAUUGACUGGAACUGCAACACAAAAGACGUGUGAAACAAUUGAAAAAUCCCUAUGUUUGAAAAAAGUUCAUGUUGUUAAAUCAUCAAUUGUUAGAGACAAUAUUAAAUUGCUGUGUGAAAAAAGGCCACCACAGAAUACUCUGGACUCAUUCAGGACAGUAAUCAGUCCACUCAUCAGUGAUCUGAGGAAAAACAAAGACAAAUUUCCGAAAACUGUAGUCUAUUCAAAGUUAAAGUGGUGUGCAGAAGGCUACCAAUUGACCAUGAAGCCAGAGGAAGAUGGGACUUCAGUUUGUGAGGAAGUUAAGACAAUUGUUUCCCAGUACCAUGCACCAUGUACAGAAAAGUUUAAAGCAGAAGUUGUUGAGCAGAUGAAUUGUGGUAGUCUACGUCUCCUGUUUGCAACAGAAGCCUAUAGCAUGGGUACUGAUGCUCCUGAUAUAAGACAAGUGGUACACUAUGGGGUUCCUAGCUCUUUGGAAACAUAUCUUCAGGAAGUUGGACGAGCAGGCAGAGAUGGAAUUUUUGCAACAGCAACACUUUACUACAACAAGUACGAUAUAGGAAAAAAUAUGCCUGUUGAUCAGGAAGUUAGAGACUUUGUUAUGACAACAGAUUGUAGGUGGGAAAAUUUAUGCAAAUAUUUUGGAAGUGAGUUUGCCAGAAAGGUUGAUGGUCACGACUGUUGUGAUAACUGUGAGAAACAUUGUGACUGUUUACUUUGCUAUGAACCUUUACUAGAAACUGACAUGACUGAGGAAUUACCGAAAAAAUCAAAGAAAAUGAAGCUUGAAACUGACAAUAAAGAAGUGUUAAGGUCUUUAUUGUUUCAAUAG